AUGCCCCGCAAUCUCAACCUCCUCUCCAUCACUACUACGCAUCUCAAUACGCACCCCAGUACGCACCCCAAUACCGGCCCCAUUCACGGGCGCCCGUGCAGAUGCCCGUGCAGAUGCAGAUGCAAGGGAGUUAUCCGCCGCCGGAAGGCUACCGGUAGCGUACACGGAUGGCAUGGAUCUUGGCUCCUGGGGGCCCUUUGGUCUGGUCUGAGUGUGUGUAUCAUAAGCGGUGUUGGCGCUGUAUCUUGUUAUUUAUGUUUUGCUUUGCUUUUUGCUGUCGGUGUGUGUACUCUAAUAUUUAUCUCUGGAUAA